CAUCCAAGCCAGAACAUGCUUUUCUCAUCCACUGCAAGUCUUCCACGUUGGAAAAGGAGCCCAGCUGUAGCUUCCCCCUGUCCUCAGGCAGACGUUGCUCAGCUGUGAGGCAACUCCUCGCUGCUCAGCCUGUCUGGGUUCACAAACAUCAGGAGGAAUGGAGGAACUUGUACACAGAUGAUCGCUUCCCCCUUUCACCUUCUUUCCCAAGUGUGUUAUUCACCUUCUCAGAACAGAUGCUCCUUUAGGCUAGGGCCUGGCUUUUCAGCUAUUUGCACAGCCCGCAGGCCAGCAGAGCCCUGACCCCAGCUGGCACUGCGGGGCUGGAUGAGAACACGUUCCAAGUGAGGUUCUCGAGUGGAAAGGGACUGAGUCACAGGAGAAGCAUUCAACGGCCUCCCUCUGCUUGAUUCAGCCCUUCUAGCCCGGGCAUUGCUCACUUUUCACCUCUGCGUGCAACCACUGGAACCAGGGUGUGGCAGGAAGCCUAUACGAGCCCAGCAGAUCCCUACAGAAGCAGGGUUUGCACCAUUUCAGCUGGCAGGGAAUGGAGGAUGCUGUGCUCCCACCCCUGCGUGCUGCCCACAGAAGUCAGCAUGCCUGAACUCCACCAGCUCAGCCAGCCUCCCGGACCUUGGGAGGUAACUGUGCUAGCACAGAGCCGCAGAACAGACAGAAUCUGCGCAAGAUUUCCAACAGAGUAGGAAUAAAAUUCUUCUGGAUAAAACAUUAUGAAGAAGAUAUUCCACGGUCUGGGGAGCUGCAUAUUGACCUAGACCCCAAGAUCUAGCUUCCAGCAGAAAUACAGCAAAAAACAUGGAAGAGAAGAAGAAAGAGGAGAAACCAGAAGAGCAACUUUUAGAAGAAUACACUUUCCAGAAAGCCUUACUGGAAUUUCAAAUUGAAACCAAAGAAGCAGCAAUUGAUCAGGUUUUGUGUAACCUGAAACAAGUGGAAGAGAAGAACAAAGAAUAUCAUGAAAGAAACAACCGUCUGAAGGAAGAACAGCAGGCACACAUCAGGCAUAUACUCAGAAAAAUAGAAGAAAAGGAGAAAGAGCAAGAUGAAAAGGCGGUUGUAACUAGGGAUGACGUGGAAGAGUCACUGCAAGCCACAUGGCAGUACACUAAGGACAAAGAACAGCUUCUGAAAGACCUGCGCUCCCGAAUGGAAGAAACUGAGCAACGACUUUCAGCAAAGCAGAGUGAGAGGGAUUACUGGUUGGAGUACAAAAACGUGGGAAGUAAAAUACACGCCAACAAGAUUAAGAAUCUGGAAAAAAACAUCCAGGAAGUCAAAGAUGACCUUCACAGGGCUACAGAAUAUUAUAGAAAGGCUUUGAAAGCAGUGAAAGAAGAAAAUGACAGACUAGUUGAGCUGUACACGAAGAAAAGUAAGGAACAGGCGCAAGAGAGUGCUGUAAGAUACUUAGACAAAAGCAGCAUCAGAGAAAUUGAAGAGAACGAGUGGCUGAAAGAAAAGGUUAAAGUGUACCGAAAGGAAGUGAGAGAUUUGAAAGCCUCUAUUCAGCUUCUAGAAGAAGAAAAUAUAAAUUUAGUGACAAAUCUGAUUGAUGGCAAACUUCGGAAUCUGAAAGUACCCAGGCAUUUGUGUCUUACUCAGGCGGCUGGCUUGCAAGGUGAAUUCUCCCAGGAUGAAAUUAAAGCAGUAGAGCCCAGAGAGUACUCAGCAAAGACAGAUGGAGAGGAAAGCCUCAAAAGUGCUGCAGUGCCCUGUCAAAAGAGAAAAUCCUCUCCAAAGAUUCAGUCUGAAACAGAGGACGGGAAGCCUCAAGACAGCGAUGAGGAGCUGCAGGAAAAAUCAUUGACUCCACUUCUUAACAGCUUGUAUGAAGUUGAACAAGAUUUCCAGGAAUACUUAAAACUGGGUCCUCUGGAGUCAAAGCUAAUGUGUGUGAUCGGAAGAGCCAUGCCUAUUCACAAGGAGCCAGAAGAAAUGCCAGGCAGGAGCCCCACGGAAGGUGGCUCUACGGCUAAAUCCAACAGGCACAUCACAGCUGAGAUGAUCAAAGCCUUGACUAAGGAACAGGUUGGUUAAAAAAAAAAAAGAGAAGCUGUGCUGUUAACAGACAUGUAACACUCUCGGUUCAUUAAAUAUUUGCUCUGUCGUUCA